AUGGCGCCGGUGUUGGCAGCUGGGGGCGCGGCAACCCCCUCCAUCCCGCCACCAACCGUGUGCUUGAAGGGCCAAGGGCAUGUAAUGUCUGAUGGUCAUCAACAAGGGAUGCUGAUUUUCGUAGGGCCAGACUUUGGCACACUCAGCUGCGUCUCUUACCAGCGGCCACGUGAGAACAGCAACAUUCAAGAUAGCAGCUGCGCAAGCGCACAAGCUGCGCUGUCGCUGCCAAUUGUAGGAUCUUUAAACUCCCAGUACUCACACGAUACCGUCGGCGCAACCAGCACUGUCGGAAGGCCUGCUCGUGAAAACGACGAUGAUGAAGAGGAGCUCGAGGACAUCCCAGUGGCUCCUGCAGUGAUGCUCUCUGACCUGGCUGCCCAGGUAGGCAGUGGAGAGGCCUUCCGUCAUGGGUAUUUGUUUUUGUUCGACCGAAGUGAUGCUCCUGGUCCGGCAUACCACAUUUGGAUCGAUCACUUGGAGUAUGAACUGCAUGCGACAGCGUUUGUCGAAGCAAGCCUCUUUGCUCGAUACCGGCCCCCCGCCCCGCCAGUCGCGGCGCCGGAGGCGGUGCCUCCGGCCGCCUCAACGGACCCCGUCCUCCUGGCAUUGAAGGAGCUUCGAAGGACCUACCGCGAGGCGAACCCAGCGGCGCUUGCUGCCGGGCUGAGGAUAGUUAGCGGCUGCAUUGGCCACUUGGUGACGCACCCACAGGAGACCAAGUACCACCGCAUCAAUUGCGGAGGUGAGAGAUUCAGGGCUCGUGUGGCGAGCUUGGAGGGGGCAGUCGCCAUCCUGGAGGCUUGCGGUUUCCGGGGCGAGGGAGAGUUUCUCCAAGUCGAUGAGGAUUAUCCCAGGACUCACGGAUUGCUUCUCCGCGAUGCGAAGGCCAAGGUGGACGUAGUCCUUGGAGAAUUGGAGAAAGCAGGGUACACGGGCUGA